UAGCUGCCUUUUAUGGAAUACUUUAUGAAUACAACACAAACACACUGUGCGAGCUACUGUAACAUAUAGAAGUGAGUUGAGUUUAAAUGGAAGUGAUCCAGAUCAAGCCUAGAAAUCCCUCCAACACAAGUACUGCUUGUGUCCUUGAUGUGUUGGAGAGGCAGUUUGAUAUUGAGGUAUCAAAAACAACUCAAGAUGGAGACUGCUACAUUGCUGAAGUGAAGGGGAUUGGUAGCUUUGAGAAAAUUCAAAAAGAAUUGCUCAAAAAAAGCCUGCGACUACGAAAAUGGGAAUUCAAAUUAGUUACAUUUCAUCAUAAGUCUAAAAGUCAUGAGGUCUUUUCUGCAAAAGGUCCUUUAACAGCAGAUGAAUGUGUAAUAGUUAAUAUAACCUACUCUGAUCCAGCUGCUUUCAAAGAUGGCAAGUUACCUUCUGUGAGUGAUUUAAAAGAAAAGUUUAUGCAAGUGGCUGAUCAUACUGCCCCUAGUAUGUCUGGGUACAACUAUGCUGUGACUAUCAAUAAAGUGGAUUUGUGCUCCCUAUAUUGUUUUCAAACCACGCAACCAUCACCUCAAAGUGAUGGCUCAUUAUGGAAGCAUCUCGUCAAAGUUGAAGUGGAAUAUCUUUCAUCUUAUUGUAAUCUGGAUGAUAAAACUUUCUACUACGAGUUUCUAAGUGAUAUUGUCUCUGAUCAUUGCUGGAUAUGCUGGAAAUCUAAUAAAGCCACAAUUGAUGGAAUUAUACUUGAUUUAAAUUUGAAAAAAGAAGAAAAUAGUGCAUAGCUAAAUUCAAAGCUGACUGAGAUAUCAACUUGACUAGAGUAUUAUGAGGCUACUUUAAAUGUUGUAAUAGUAUAUAAACUUGAGUAUAAUUGUGUUCAAGUUAUUUUAAACUUUUUUGAGCUCAAAA